CGCAGCACAGCGGAUGCUGCUGCAGCCCUUAUCCCGCCAGCUCUGCCAACCUGAGCUGUCUGUCUGACACUCGCUGGUCAUUAUUGGUUUUCCAGGCCCUCCCAUACAUGAAUUUGGGGUCAGCUUAACUGCUGCCCCCACCAACGUCGGCACCACGACGUCUUUAUUUGCAAAAGUCUUUUUCCCUUCUCAACACCUUUUUGAACCAGUCGCAGCAAGUUCUGCAUUUUUAAUCCGCGCCACAGCCGCCAAACAACACACUCAAACCACCUUCAUUUACCUCAAUACCCGUAAUCACUCAAGAAAAGGCAAAAAGAUGCCUCCCAAGAAGGCAAAGGAAGAAGAAAAGAUCCUCCUGGGUCGUCCAGGGAACAAUCUUAAAAGUGGCAUCGUCGGUCUUGCCAACGUCGGCAAGUCAACGCUGUUCCAAGCCAUUACCAAGUGCAACUUGGGCAACCCCGCAAACUUCCCAUAUGCCACAAUUGACCCAGAAGAGGCUCGCGUCAUCGUCCCCGACGAGAGAUACGACUGGCUGUGUGAAAAAUACAACCCCAAGUCAAGAGUCCCGGCCAACUUGACGGUCUACGACAUUGCUGGCUUGACUCGAGGCGCAUCGACUGGUGCAGGCCUUGGAAACGCUUUCUUGUCGCACAUUCGUGCUGUAGAUGCCAUCUUCCAGGUUGUCAGGUGCUUCGACGAUGCUGAAAUUAUUCACGUCGAGGGUGAUGUCAACCCCACUCGUGACCUGGACAUCAUCAGCGAAGAGCUGAGGUUGAAGGACAUUGAGUUUGUUGAGAAGGCGCUCGAGAACCAAAAGAAGAAGACGCGCCAAGGCGGACAAAGUCUUGAGCAGAAAAAAGCCAGGGAAGAGGAGGCCACGAUUGAGAAAAUCUUGGCCUGGCUCAAGGACGGCAAGGAUGUCCGAAAGGGCAACUGGGGUCCCAAAGAGGUCGAGGUCAUUAACCCUCUCUUCCUGCUGACUGCGAAGCCCGUAGUUUACCUGGUCAACUUGUCCGAGAAGGAUUACAUCCGCAAGAAGAACAAGCAUCUGCCCAAGAUUGCUGAGUGGAUCAAGGAGCACGCCACUGGCGACCCAAUCAUUCCCAUUUCAGUGUCUUUCGAGGAGCGCCUGACGCGAUUCGAGACCGAGGCCGAGGCCCUGGAGGAGUGCAAGAACGUCGGGGCUGAUUCGGCGCUUCCCAAGGUCAUCAUUCAGAUGCGCAAGGCCCUUAACCUGGGAAGCUUCUUCACCACUGGUACCGACGAGGUCAGGCAGUGGACCAUCCGCAACGGUACCAAGGCACCACAGGCCGCUGGUGUUAUCCAUGGUGAUUUCGAAAAGACUUUUAUCCAGUGUAUCGUGUACAACUUCAAUGUACUCAAGGAGCUGGGUGAUGAGGCAGAGGUCAAGGCCAAGGGUAAGGUCAUGACAAAAGGCAAAGAUUACGUCGUAGAGGAUGGAGACAUCCUACUCAUCAAGGCCGGUGCCGCCAAGGGCUGAUAGUCUCGUCGAAGGCGCCUAUUAGCAUUGAAAUCUAGCCGCUGCCAGAAUUUAGAUGUAACUACCAUAGCUAGUCUAGAUGCUAAUAGCGACUACGAUGGAAUUGGUUGAUGAGAUCCCGGGAUAUCACUCCACUACCGUAAUUGAUAAGUACCUAGUAAAUGAAUACCUAACUAAUAUCA